AUGAGCAGCCACGGAUCGCGGGAGAACGGUGAACGCAGGGGCAAGCCGCCCAAAUCGUGCAUCUUCUGUCGGCGGUCGCACGUUGUGUGCAGUGGUGAGCGACCGUGUGCGCUGUGUAUCAAGCGGGACAUUGCGCAUCUGUGUAGUACGGAGGAGCCGCGUUCUACUGGGGCAGGGGCAGGGGCAGCCGGGACCAUUGCUGGGGAGACCGCAAGCAAUCUGCUGAUACCGCAGUCGUUUGUGUCACAGAACGUAGGAUCCGAGUUCAGUUCAUUGAACGAGUUUCUGUCGAUACUUGAAGAUCCGAUGACGGAUGUGCCGAUGUCUGAUGCACUUCCUGGUGACACAGACGCUACGAUAACUUCACCCCCGGCACCCGCAGCAAUGCCAGUCACGGCCCCCACGGAGGAGCAACAGCACGCUGCUGCCGCGCGGGAACAGUUCUUCCUCACUGCUGCUGACCCGUCGAUCGAGAUGACCCCGGAGGACCGGCUGAAGUUAGUGAUCAAUGCGAAGUUGGAGGCCGGUUUGUUGAAACCUUACGACUACGCGGCCGGGUACACGCGGCUACAGGAGUACAUGGACGGCCACAUGAGCGGACCCUCUCGGCAGCGGAUCCUAAAACCCUUGAGCUCGAUCCGCCCGGCGUUCCGGAGCAUCGCGCGAUCGUUGAAGGACGUGGACUUGGUGCUCGUGGAGGAGAGUUUCGAGCGGAUGUUGCUCGGGUACGACCGGGUGUUCACGUCGAUGAGCAUGCCCGCGUGCCUGUGGCGGCGCACUGGGGAGAUAUACCGAGCGAACAAAGAGUUCGCACGGCUGGUGCACUGCACGGUGGACGAGUUGCGCGAAGGCCGGCACGCGAUCUACGAGCUGAUGUCUGAGGAGAGCGCGGUGAAUUUCUGGGAGAAGUACGGCUCCAUUGCGUUCGACAAGGGCCAGAAGGCCGUGCUGACAAGUUGCAAGCUGCGAGCAGUCAGGGACAACGGAGAGGGCACCCAUUGCUGCUUCAGCUUCACGAUCCGGCGCGACCGCUACAACAUCCCAGUCUGCAUCGUCGGCAACUUCAUACCGAUCCCACGGUGA